AUGGCUAGCACUCAAAUCAUCCACGACUCCAAAUAUGACUAUCCUGAGACCAAGGUCGAGCUCAGAGGACAGGUUGCUGUGGUCUACAUGGACAGGCCAGCCAAAUUAAAUGCAUGGACUGGAGUCAUGAACAAGGCACUACAAGACAUCUUUGAGAAACUCGACGAAGACGACCGUAUCAAAGUCGUAGUGGUCACUGGUACAGGUGACCGUGCAUACUGUGCUGGAGCUGAUCUUUCUCAAGGCGAUUUCUCAUCUCGCGGUGACAAGAGCCGCUACCAAACUCCAACUCUAGGAGCUCAUCGUGAUGGUGGUGGACAAUUCAGUAUUCAGGCUGCCAAGAUGCGAAAGCCGGUUAUUGCUGCUAUUAACGGUGUCGCUGUCGGUGUUGGUAUAACUUCAACCCUGCCCAUGGACAUUCGUAUUACAUACAAGGAAGCAAAAAUUGGAUUCGUAUUCGUACGACGAGGAAUUGUACCUGAAGCAACAUCAACUUACUGGUUGCCUCGUCUUGUUGGUUACUCUCGUGCCGUUGCACUCAUGUUGACUGGCCGCGUUUACAAGGCCAGCGACCCACUACUGGCCAACCUCUUCACUGAAGUCCUCGACAACCAAAAGGAUGUGUUGCCCCGUGCUCUUGAGCUCGCCAACGAAAUGGCAUCCAUGAACUCUUCCGUAUCCAUGGCCAUGGUUAAAGGUCUGUUAUGGCACGGUACAAACACCCCUGAAGAACAACACUUGCUUGAUUCCAAGGGCAUGUUUGCAUUGGGAAACAGUAUUGAUGGAAAGGAGGGUGUUGCUAGUUUCAUGCAGAAGCGACAGGUCAAGUUCCAAGGUACCGUCACAAAGGAUAUGCCAGUAUUCUACCCAUGGUGGACUCACCCAGAUGCUUCAGCACCAAAAUCUUCAUUGUAA